UCAUCAGAUGAUUUCGCGGCUGCCAAGAAAUCUUCCUCCUCAUCUGAACGUCACGUUAAUAAAAAAGUAUUUGAAUUCGGGAGAUUUAGGCCGCGCCCGCCAACUGUUCGACGAAAUGUCUGAACCAGAUGUCCAUUCAUGGACUCUCCUGAUUUCUGCCUACACCAAGAAUGGCCGAAGCAGAGACGCCAUAAGACUCUACACCGACGCGAAGAACAGCGGGAAGAUAAUUCCAGACAAAUUGGCAGUCUUAGCAGCUGCCAAGGCGUGUUCAUCUUCAGGUGAUUUGUUGAAGGCAAAAGAAGUCCAUUGUGAUGCUUUGAAGUACAAUUAUGCCUCGGAUUUGCUCUUGGGGAAUGCCUUGAUCGAUAUGUAUGGCAAGUGCAAGAACGUCGAGGGCGCCGAGAGAGUUUUCGAUGGAUUGUCGACGAAGGACGUGAUCACGUGGACGUCUCUGUGUUCUUGCUACGCUACCUGCGGCCUCCCGGGAGAGGCUCUUCGGGUUUUUCGUGAAAUGGGGAUCGCCGGAAUUAGGCCUACCGGAACGACAUUGUCUACGGUGCUUCCCGCGUGCGCGGAUUUGAAGCGAUUAAAUUUCGGGCGGGAGAUUCAUGGCUUUGCUAUUAGGAAUGGGAUGGGAGAAAAUGUGUUUGUGAAUAGUGCUCUUGUCGCCGUGUAUUCGAAUUGCUCGGACAUUGCUCGCGCAGAGUUGGUCUUUCGCAACAUCCCACAACGCGACGUCAUUUCGUGGAAUGUGAUCAUCUCGGCAUACUUUACGAGUGGGCAGGGCGAGAAGGCGCUUCGAACGUUUCAAGAGAUGAGGAACUAUGGAGUCAAGCUGGAUGUCGUAACAUGGAACUCCGUUAUUUCGGGAUGCGCCGAGAAUGGAAAACCGGAGGAAGCUCUGGAGUUACUCAGCCGGAUGCAGCAGCUACAUAUCAGACCGAAUCGGAUAACGGUGACGAGCGUAUUGUCCAUCUGUACUCUUCUCGAAGGUUGGAAAGGCGGGAAGGAGAUCCACGCGUAUUCGAUUAGGCAUUGUUUCGAGAACGAUUUGGCGACGAGUACCGCUCUCGUUAUGAUUUACGCGAAGAGCGGCGACUUACAUCUGUCGAGCAGACUCUUCGCUACGAUGCGAGCGAAGGAUACGGUAGCGUGGAACACUAUCAUCAUCGCAAACUCGAUCCACGGGAGAGGAGAGGAAGCGUUGUCGCUCUUCAACGAAAUGAUCGAGUCAGGCGCGACGCCGAACUCUGUUACAUUUACCGGCGUCUUGUCGGGUUGUAGCCACUCGCAGAUGGUGGACGAGGGGCUUGCGGUAUUCCAUUCGAUGCGCGAGAUCCAUAACGUCGAACCUGAUGCCGAGCACUAUUCCUGCGUCGUUGAUGUUCUCAGCCGCGGAGGUCGACUAGCAGAUGCGUACAGUUUCAUCCAGGCGAUGCCGUUCGAGCCAAGUGCAGCUGCGUGGGGAGCCUUGCUCGGAGCGUGCCGGGUAUACAAGAAUGUCGAUCUCGGCAAAGUCGCCGCGAACCGACUUUUUGAGAUCGAACCGGACAACCCAGGGAACUACGUUUUGCUCUUCAACAUCCUCGUCGGCGCGAAGCGCUGGGUCGAAGCCUCUGAGGCGCGGAAGCUGAUGAGGGAUCGGGGAAUUCGGAAAGUUCCCGGGUGCAGUUGGGUUAGCGUGAAGAACAGAUUGCAUACGUUCGUUGUCGGCGAUGGAAGAAACGAUGAGAACGUCGAGAUAUACGAGUUCUUGGACGAGAUUUGCGGCAAGAUGAAGUUGGCGGGUUUCUACCCCGACACCGACGUCGUUCUACAAGACUUAGCCGACGAAGAAAAGGAGUACAGCUUGUGCAACCACAGCGAGAAGCUCGCUGUCGCUUUCGGGAUACUCAACACGAGAGGCGAAACGACGAUUAAGGUGUUCAAGAACCUGAGGAUAUGCCGCGAUUGCCACAACACAAUCAAGUUCAUCUCGGGAUCGGUCGGGGCGGGAAUCGUCGUAAGGGAUUCGACGAGGUUUCAUCAUUUUGCAAAUGGGAGAUGUUCCUGCGGCGAUUUCUGGUGAAACCUUUCGACAUCGAGUUUCACACAGAGACAUGUAUUGAAGAACAACGCUGAUACAAUUACAGAAAAAAACUCGAA